AUGAGUGCACCAGAUGUUCAUAACGAACUAUACAUUGAUACUCACAUAAUUGACAGUUAUGGUUUCUCUUCGCAUGGCAUUCAUGAAAAGCGAUAUCAUACAGGUUCCGAAACACCCGAAACACCUGUAACCCCCGUAACACCACACGAAGAGUUUAUGAGUUCAGGUAGAAAAUGUUUGCUCGCGGCUGAGCGCUUCGUUAUAUCUGAUGAAAUGGCACCAAAAUUAAAUCGAAUUGUUAAUGCAUACAAUUCUAUCUAUUAUUUUGAGAAAAACAAAAACCUUGAUAAUGAUGCAGAAAAUGUGGGAACUAUGAUCGCGAGGAUGAAGUGGUACAAAAAUUACAAAAAUAAAUAUGAGAAUAAAAAAGAAUUUGAAUAUUUUUGGGUAAUUCUUAGUGAUAUUAUUAAAAUCCAGGCUAUGUUAAUUAAUCAACGACAGCCGAAAGAAAUUAGUAUUUUUAUUGAAGAAGUUUUUAUUAAAGGAUACUUUGUUUUGACAUAUGAGUGUUGGGGAGAACAAAGAUUUCAAGAAAUCAUGGAGGAAAACUCUUAUGAAAUCAAAAAAUUCGAAAUCUUUAUAGACAUGUAUAAAGAGAUUGCGUCUAUUGUUAAGUUUAUCAAUAUAAUGACAACAAUUUAUGUAAAUGCUAAUGGAGUAAGUCCAAGAGCUUUACCAUUUUUUGAAAAAAUUCCUAAAGGAGUGGAUUUUACUAGUAUUAUGAAUCAAUGUAGGGAAGUAAUUACGAAUGAAGAUAUUUUCGGAAUGGAUAACGAGUUGAACAAUAUGGCAAAUAAUUUAAAAUUUCUGAGAAGAAGAUUAGCCGAGAUUGCUGAAAUGAAUAACGUGGACGUGGAAAGUAAGAGUGGAUAUUUGAAGGCGUUAGAGAAUUCAUAUAGUGAUGAUAUCAUUAACCACUAUAUUUAUAGUGUUGAUAGCAACAUUGAUAUUAUUAAUGACUAUAGUGAUAAUUUUAGUAAGAAUCAAGAUAUAAAAAAAUAUUAUUAUGAGAGGAUUGAUAAAAAAAUAUUGAUGGAUCUCCUAAAUCAAAUAAAGGAAGAAAUGCGCAGAGAAGAAUUGAAGAUCAAAAGAAAUAACGAUUUAGAUAAAUUGAAGAAAAUCAGUGACAAGAAAUUGAAAGAAUAUAGUUAG